AUGUUGUUCGCCAGCCGCCAGACCAAGGCUGGCCGGUCGCCGACGGUUGCAGGGCCCCCGCCCUCAGGGAAUUUUGCCGCAACCAGGAUUGCACCAAGCAAUCAGGCUCGCUUGCCCGAGUGGUGCUGGAGGUGUGCGGUGAAUCCGGGCCAGGGCCUCUGGGUCCGAGGCUCGCGGUGCCAGUCUACCACUGGCGAUGUAGGACCAGGAGCUGCCCUUUUGCAGACUGCUGUAGAUGCUGAGAGUAAUAUUCCAGAUGGUCGUGACACAGCCACCAUAAUAAAGGAGCUUGCUGAUAGGCUGGAAAGAUGUGUCCUUGCGGAACAACAUCAUGCCGAGGAAGCAAUGCGCAAGCUGUACCAACACAAACAGUUGAAAAGCCUCCAGGACAAGGGAGUUGCACUGGCAAAUGUUCAACUCGAGUUUGAAGGACUGUUGUAUACCAGCUUUGUGUACAGGCUGCACCUGUGCAGCACCGCUGCUAAACUUCCAUGGCAUCGCUUUGUGGCGCGAGAGGUCGUUGCCCUAAGCCGCAUGAGCAACGGACCGGAGAACCUGGAGUUUGAGGAUCAACGCAUUCAGGCAACGGUCCUUGAUGUCAAGAAAAGAUGGAUUUCGCUGGUGCUGGAAAAGGAUGCGGCUCAAUGCCUUGAUGUAGUCAAUUCACCAGGAGUAACAUGGCGGAUGGACAAAACUGCCCAAGACACUACCGCUCGGCGCCAGCUUGAGGCAAUCCACAAAAUAGGAGGGCUCUCCCACAGGGGCAGGAAAUCAGAAGGCGUCAUUCAGGCCAUGGCCAUUGGGCUUCCAUGUCCAAUCUCUGCCACUCGCAUCAUAAAACCUGAGUGGGUGCACAGUGAGCAAUGGAGGAAAAAGACAGGCAUAGAGUUGAAGCAAAUGCAAUGUUUGAAUCAAAGUCAACGGAGGGCCAUUGCCCAGACCCUGAUCCAGUCCAUCACAUUGUGGCAAGGCCCACCAGGCUCCGGCAAGACGCAUACACUGGUCAGUCUUUUGGACGUCGUCUGCAGGACGUCACGUGACGUCUCAAACGCAGCGGUGGGUCGAAUCCUUGCAUGUGCCGACACAAACGCCGCUGUGGACAACAUUGCGGAGGGAUUGCUUGAGAAAGGUGUCCGAGUCGUGAGGGUUGGCCAACCGGCCAGGGUUCGUAGUGGAUUGAGGCAUGUGACACUGGAUGCAUUGGCCGAGAGGACUCCACAAGGGCGGUUGUCGAUGAGGGUGCGGAGAGAAGCUGUUGAGCUGCAAGCCCUCGCAUCGAAGGAAUCCGAUGAUCAGGAGAAGAGAGCACUAAGAGCCCGCUCCAGCGAGCUGUGGUAUGAAGCAAACGAGAUGCUGAGCAAAGCUACCGCCUCGGUGCUGGAUGCAUGUGAGGUAAUUGCCAGCACCUGCAAUGGGGUAGGAGACCCAGCCUUGGCAAAUUAUCCAUGCCGGAUGGUUGUUGUGGACGAGGCGACACAAGCCACCGAGCCUGCAACCUUCGUGGCACUUACUCGAGGAGUGGAGUGCCUCGUUAUGGCUGGAGAUCCGAAGCAACUGCCGCCGACUGUGGUGUCGAAGGAGGCCGUGGCUGACGAGCUGGAUGUGACGCUUUUCGAUCGACUGCAAGCGCAGGGACUGGAACCCCUUCUGCUGGAUACACAGUACCGCAUGCACCCAGCCAUCAGCGAAUUUCCAAGCCACUGGUUCUACGACGGCCGCCUGGCCACCGGCGUCCAGUCGAGCAGCCGGCCGCCGCCUGCCGGUGUUGCCUGGCCCAGGGCCGACGUUCCUGUGCUGCUGGUGACGUGCCGUGGGCGCGAGAGCAAGGCGAGGUCAGAGGACAGCGAGGGCGGGGCGUCGUACAGGAACGCGGAGGAGGCCGAGGUUGCCGUGCGGCUGCUCUCGAACGUGCUGGCGGCAGGUGGCGUGGAAAGCGUGGCAAUACUGACGCCCUAUCGGGCACAGGCGGCCCACGCGGAACAACUCCUGAACUCGGCAACGCCGCUCAUCAACGCAGCGGCCGUCGCUGUGUCGUCGGUGGACGGCUACCAGGGCCGCGAGGCGGACGUCGUCAUCUUCAGCGCGGUGAGAUCGAACGACAGGGGGGCGAUGGGCUUCGUGGCCGACGCCAGGAGGCUCAACGUUGCCAUCACGCGCGCCAGGAGGGGGCUAAUCGUUGUCGCCAACCCUGCGACGCUUAAACAUAGCCCAGAUUGGGCCGCAUGGAUCAGCUGGGUCAGAAGCAAGGGAUCGGUUGUGAGGGCAUGCGACAUUCCACUCGCAACCUGGGAGACCGACGAAUGA